UUUUUUUAUUUAUUAUUUCUGAAACUCUUUUUCUUAUAUCUUAUUUAUUAUAAACAAUGACUUUGUCCGAAAUGAAUGUUGCUCGGUGGGAAAAGGAAGGUAGCAUCACGGUUACAACUACUCUUAUUCCUAAAUUACGACCUGGUGAACUAUUGAUCAAGGUCGCUGCUUCUGGACUUUGUGGAACUGAUAUGCAUAUUUGUCAUGGUGAAACACCUCAUGCUAGCAAAAACGUAGUGAUUGGACAUGAAUUUUCAGGUUAUGUUGAAGCCAUUCAUCCUGAUACCAUUACAACUCUUACUUUAGGUCAAUUAGUGGCAAUAGAUCCCAAUAUGCCUUGUAACGCUUGUACUUAUUGUCGUAACCGCAAGUAUCAUCUUUGUCCCAAUUUGUCAUGUAUCGGUGUCUCUAUUCAUGGUGGAAUGAGUCAAUAUGUAGCAGUACCUGUACGAGCAGCUGUACCUGUACCUUCUAAUGUACCUGCAGAUGUCGCUUCUUUGGCCGAACCACUUUCUUGUGUUGUUCAUGCUGUGGAUCUAGGUGAAAUCAAGACGGGUGAUCAAGUAUUAGUUAUUGGAGCAGGUCCUAUUGGAUUGAUGACAAUGGCUUUAUGUGCUACUGGUGGAGCUAGAGUAACUGUGAUUGAACCCAAUGAAAUGCGGCGGAAAAAUGCCUUGGAUAUCUUUGGUGCAAGUGCAGCUUAUGCUCCUGGUGAUUUGGUACCUGGUGAUACACUAAAAGGUGAAGGAUUUGAUGUAGUGUUUGAAUGUGUGGGUAGAGCUCAGACAAUGACGGAUGCUCUUACUUUUGCUAAAGCUGGUGCCACUGUGGUAUGGGUUGGAGUUGCCAAAACGGAUGCUACUGUGACAGUAUCUCCUUUUGAUGUCUAUCGACGGGAAUUGACUAUUCGAUCUACUUAUACAAAUCCUUAUGGUAUGGAACGUGCUGUGAAUAUUUUGGCUGAUGGCAAGAUUCAAUGGAAACAAUUGAUUUCUCAUAAAUUUACAUUGGAACAAUUUGAUCAAGCUUGGGCAGUAUUUAGAGAUGGACAAGGAAUGAAAGUUUGUGUUACACCAUAAAUGACAGGCUUGUUAGAUGAAGAAGGAUUGUAGGUUGUAUAUACAUAUAUAUAUUAUAUAUUGAUAUAUUAUUUAGUUACUUUUAGAUGAAGAAUAGAAUAAUAUCUCUUUUUGAUUUUUUUUUUAUGUCCAUAUCAAUAAAAAAUUGUCUUUUUUUUUUUU